AUGGAAGAAUCCUCACCUGAAUCUAUGAAGUUGUGGGAGAGGGGAAGAAAACUCGGCGCCGGCGGUUACGGUUUUGUUUAUCUGGCGCGUCCUUUGGCAGGACAUCCUUUGCUUCUCUCUGACCCAUUGUUAGAAAUCAUGGCAGUAAAAUCGGCCAAGUACACAUCAUCCUCUACUCUCCGUCGUGAAAGUCAUCUUCUCAAGAAGUUCAGCGACUGCCCUUACAUCAUUCGUUACUUGGGCUGCGAUUCCACCGUCGAAGAAGACGAGACUUUCAGGAAUAUCUUCAUGGAAUACGCCCCUGGUGGAAGCUUGCACGACCGGAUUAAGUCGGCUGCAUAUAGGGGCACAAGAAUCUCUGAGAUCGAAGCAAGAGAAGUCACAGAAUGUGUCUUACAUGGUUUACGGUUUAUCCAUUCUAAGGGAUAUGUUCAUUGUGAUAUAAAAACAGACAAUAUUUUGAUUGUGAAGGGGAAGGCUAAGAUUGGAGAUUUGGGUCUUACAAUUAAGGUGGGGAAAUACCCUGGGAAGAUCAUAGGGACUAGUAACUAUAUGGCUCCUGAGUCAAUUCAGUCUGGUGAGUACAUGAGUUCAGUGGAUAUAUGGGGAUUGGGUUGCUGUCUGUUUGAGAUGAUCACUGGAGUAAAGAAAUGGAGACACAUGAAUGAAGAUGAAAUUCAGGGAAUUAUAGAACGAUCUAGAAUGUCCAACAAAGCACAACUUUUCUGGAGGAAAUGUAUUGUUGAGGAUCCGAAGAAAAGAUGGGAUGCCAAAAUGCUUCUUCAACAUCCCUUCAUAGUUGAUCGUCCUAAGGUGGGUGCAAAUCAAAAGUUUCGCUCUUAA